UGUAUAUAGGGCAUGCAGCGGGAGCGCACAUCACGAUCCUAUAUAUCCAGGAACACGCAGCAGACGGCAGGAGAAGCAUAGCCAUGCCCUCAUCUAGAGCUAUAGGAAUACAAGCAGCAAUGGGAUUAUAACUCUGGAGAACUCUGCUCUGCAGAAGGUUACAGUGGAUAUCGGGUUAACAUCAUUUGGUUACAGGGGACGGUCCACCUGCUUCCACGAAAGAUUUCAUGUUAGCCCUGCAUCAGAAUGUUGGGAAAGAAUCGAUGACCCACUGGCUUCCAAUCAUGAACAAUUCUACUUUUGACCCGUUGACCCCUAAUGCUACGGAUAAUCUAUACCCUGACCCCUUUGGAGGCCACGCUGUGUGGGAGGUGGUGCUUAUUGUCCUCACAACAGGAAUUCUUUCUUUUAUUACUGUAGUUGGAAAUAUCCUGGUUCUCUUGGCCUUCAAAGUCAACAGCGACCUAAAGACCGUCAACAACUACUUCAUACUUAGCUUAGCAUGUGCUGAUGUUAUCAUCGGUGCAGUGUCCAUGAACUUGUACACAACCUACAUUAUAAUGAGACGUUGGGCACUAGGUAAUAUUUCCUGUGACCUUUGGCUAGCACUAGAUUAUGUCACAAGUAAUGCUUCUGUGAUGAACCUGCUGAUCAUAAGCUUCGACCGCUAUUUUUCAAUUACUCGGCCCUUGACAUAUAGGGCUAAAAGAACGCCAAGAAGAGCAGCUAUUAUGAUUGGCCUGGCAUGGGUUAUAUCAUUGGUAUUAUGGGCACCUGCUAUUUUGUGCUGGCAGUAUAUUGUUGGAGAAAGAACAGUAGAACCUGAAGAAUGCUACAUCCAGUUCUUGUCACAACCUAUUAUCACAUUUGGCACUGCCAUUGCUGCCUUUUACUUGCCAGUAACUAUCAUGAUUAUACUGUACUGGAGGAUUUACAGAGAAACAGAGAACAGAAGCAGAGAACUGGCUGGCUUGCAAGGUUCAGAGACAGAAAACAUUGUUCGUCCACUGGGUAGUGUCAGAAGUGGUAGCAGCAGUGGAAUAGGAGAAUCAGAAAGAUUGUCCAGACCACAAAUAGCAAUACCAAGGGUCAAGAAACCAUGCUGUUUUCCUAGUAAACUUUCUGCCAGUCCAUCACUCAAAAGAUAUCCUCAACAUCGAAGUAAUGGAAGCUGGAAUACUAUGGAAGAUGCCGCUUCUGCAGACUCACUGUCCUCUUCUUCUGAUGGAGAAGAUCAUCCAUAUGAGAUGAAGAGCAUCUGCUCAGCCGUCAUACAACUACGAAUGGUCAGCACUGUUGUUGUCACACCCACAGGCUCUCAUGGGUCCAAGGACACCCUUGAGCGGGUCGAUUUACAGAAUGAAGCCAAUGGAGGAAAGCGAGAAGUAUCUAGGAAAUCAUCCCGGUCCCUAGCCGCAGCACUUCAAUCAACAGUUAUUAAAGCUAAAGUGGAAAAAACCCGUCAUGGAAAGAGGAAAAGCAAUUCACUCAUCAAGGAAAAGAAAGCCGCAAGGACAUUAAGUGCCAUAUUGCUUGCUUUUAUUUUGACAUGGACCCCUUAUAAUAUCAUGGUGCUAGUGUCCACAUUCUGUAAGGACUGUAUUCCAACCACAUUGUGGGAGCUUGGUUACUGGUUGUGCUAUGUUAACAGUACUGUCAACCCCAUGUGUUAUGCACUCUGCAACCGCUCAUUCAGGCGCACUUUCAAAAUGCUUCUACUUUGUCGCUGGGACAAGCGGAAAUGGAGGACACAUAGACACACGGCAGCUUUCUUCAGGACCCCAUCACAGUGAAUGGGACACAAAUUAUUGUCAGACAAAAGUUCUGCUAGAAGGACCUAAGAAGACAUCAAGUCCCGUGCAUGUGUGGCUAAGAGGGACUACAAAGAACACACUAUCCCUGUGAAGAAAACUGGGACAGAGAAGGAAAAAGCAAUGGAGUAAGCCUUUCAACGGGGGCACUAUAACUGCUCCAUUUGAACAUUUCCUAGAUGACGUCUGGCUGUCUUGGGCUUUAACGCGUCUUGUACAUGUCAUUCUGAACUAAGGGAAAGAAGGGGAUUUAGGGAAGGCCAGUCUAAAUGUUUCAGGGAUAAUAUCCCAUUUUUAUGCUAAGAGGAUAUCCCUGCUGUGCCAAACCAAACAAAAAAAGACAGGCCAAAGAACAUGGUAAAGUUUUCUAUUGUUUACAGAGUUUUAAGG